UCUAGUAUCCCGUCUAGUAUGGUUCUUCGGACUUCUUCCGCCACACAAAGUGGCAGCACUUACUGAUAUCAUGGCGGACAAAGAUGUAGAUUCUGAAACUGGUGAUAAAGAAGAGUGUGACUGUGGAGAUGCUAAUUCUAAUAAGCGUGGAACAAAACGACCAGUAUCACCGGUUGAAAAGGUUCAGUCUGCCAACAACUGGGAGGCUGCUGAUCUGGGUAAUGAAGAUCGUAAGAACAAGUUUCUUCGACUGAUGGGAUCAGGAAAGAAAGAUCAUGCAGGCAAGUUGCAUAUUCAACCGAUUCCUGCCACAGAGGCACAUUUGCGAACCCAAGAGGAACAAGCAAAGCUAGAAGCUGAGCUGGAGCAACAGUUUGAAGAAGGUAGAGAACACAGAGUUUUGGAGAGGAAGACACAUUACCACGUUGGACUUGGAUUCCAUGAAAAUGAGAAGUCAAAGGAUGAAACCAUCCCAGAAGGUGAUACCCCAAAGGGCAAAGAUGUUGAUCCUCCUGCUGUGACAGAUGAGAGUGAUGCAAAGCCAUCCACAACAGAAAAGACACCAGAAAAAGAUACAAUGGCGAAGCCAACAUUGACAUUUGUGAAAAGUAGUGAAACCUCAUGAUGAAAUUAAUAUGAUUCUCUGUCUGUCUCCACCCCGAGUUUUUGUACAUCUUGAAAUAAGGUAAACAAUAUAUCUGUGAAUAAACUGUGUAGGUCAUUGCCAUUAAUCUUUAAUACCAGCUAAGUUUAUAUUUCUAUAGGAUGGUCAGAUUUACAAUUGUCAUAUCUACCAAUCUCACGUAAGGUAUACAUACAUACAUUCAUUCAUGUGCAACUAUAUGUAGAAUAAACGUUAGUAUGUACAGAUUUAUCUGCAUGAGUGUCGAGUAGAUUGUCACUUGAAAUGAUAUCAUCAUCACAUCAGGUUAGCAACAUGCAUUAAUGAUAUGCACCAUAUGUGAGACAGGAGUUAUUGAAACCAACUUUUGAGUCGUAGAGCUGGUGAAAUUAGUUAUGAUUUAUUUCUACAUUCCUAUCCUAAUAGGAAAAUGUCUAAGUGAAGGCAAAUAGCGGAAGGAACGGUAAUUUAUUGUUAGAUAACUAGCAGAUCUAAUCAUAUAAUGCAAAGUGAAUUUGGCCACUCAUCGGAUCCCCACUGACAGCGAUUGCCACAAAAUUAUAUUACAAGAUAUAGACAUCAGUCGAGAGAUGUCUAGCUGUAGCAGUCUGGUUAUUUCUGUAUGAUACCAAGUUAAGAAGCUAUGUGUAGCAAAACUCCCAUAAUGCAUGGAUGUAUGUACCUUUCUUUUAAUAAAACGUUUAUAUUUAAUUUCUGCUCUA